UGACACUGCCAUGUAAAGGCACCUAUACGCUACGUUUUUAUUAUCAUAUAUCUACUUGUUUGUAUCGUUAAAAAAAUAUGUCAAGAUUAAUUUACAUCAUUCUUUUAACAUUUUUCGCCAGCAGCUUGUGCGAAGAACAAUUCUGCUCGGCGGACAAUACUAAGUUCUGUAAAAAGAACGAGAUUGAUCACCAAAAAUUAUCAUAUACAAAAGCAACGAAUGAGGGAUAUCAAAAAUAUCUAACAGUGAUUCAAGAUGCAGAACGAGACUAUAAAGAAUGUAAUAAUACAAAGAACUCAUGCUUUAGAGAUGUCAUCAUACACGACUUGAGCCCUUUUAAAAAGGGCAUAAGUGAAGAAAUGAUAGUUGCUGCAAAAAUCAGGGGUACAUUUUAUCAAAUAAUUGGAGGAAAAUUGUAUAGAGAAAAAGACUGUAUGUUUCCAACCAGAUGUGCUGGAAUAGAACAUUUUCUAUUAAAAGUAAUUGAUAAUUUAUCAGAUAUGGAUUUAAUAAUAAAUAUCAGAGAUUAUCCCCAAUCCAGUGAAUAUUUUGGUAAUGCAAUGCCUAUUUUUUCGUUUAGUAAGACAUCGCAAUAUUAUGAUAUUAUGUAUCCAGCAUGGGCAUUUUGGGAAGGUGGUCCAGCUAUCUCAUUAUAUCCUCGUGGUCUUGGCAGAUGGGAUCGACAUCGUAAACUCUUAAAUAAGGCAAGCUCAGAGAUACCAUGGGAAAAAAAAGAAAAUAAAGGAUUCUUUCGUGGUUCUAGAACAAGUUUGGAACGUGAUAACUUGGUUUUAUUAAGCCGUAAUAAAUCUCAUUUGGUGGAUGCUCAAUAUACUAAAAAUCAGGCAUGGAAAUCUAACGAGGAUACUUUGCAUGCAGCACCAGUGUCAGAAGUGUCUUUGGAGUCACAUUGUACAUAUAAAUACUUGUUUAAUUAUCGAGGUGUGGCAGCUUCAUUUAGACAUAAACAUCUGUUUUUAUGCCGUUCGUUAGUUUUUCAUGUGGGUGACGAAUGGACUGAAUUUUACUAUUAUGCCAUGAAACCUUGGAUUCAUUAUAUACCUGUUUCUAAAAAUGUAGAUCAAAAAGAAUUAGAAAAUUUGAUUGAAUUUGCAAAGAAUAAUGAUGAUUUAGCGAAAAAGAUUGCAUAUCGCGGUAGAGAUUUUAUAUGGAAUAAUUUACGAAUGUCGGACGUUAUAUAUUUUUGGAAACAGCUUCUUAAAAGUUAUGGUAAGCUUUUAACAUAUAAGCCAGUAUUAAAGAAAAAUCUCGUACAAAUCGAAAAAAAAUAAUAAAUACACUUAGGGUUAUUUUGUAUAACCAAUAGUUUUUUUUAAUAAGUCAGCGUAUUAUAAACAAAGAGUAUAAAUUUUUUAAUGCUGAAUACAAUAUCUAAUUAAAAACAUGUAUACAAUAGUUAAAAUAAACAUACAUAUUUAUUAAUGCUCUAUUUGUAUGAUAAUGAAAAAUAUAAUACAAUAGAGAUUUUAUUCAGGGCACAACACAAUGGGGUGGCAAGUUUCAAUGUGAAUCAUUAACACCCUGAAGUAGAAUAAUAAUAUAAAGAAAAACCUUGUACAUGCAUAUAAUUAAAUUCAGAUAUCGUGUAGUUGAUACCAUGUUAUUAAGCAAUAUAUAUAACUAAUAAUUUAAUUAAUUUAAAACAAAUGCAAAUUGUUUUCUUUUUAUCUCUCUUUACAGAGAUUCUUUUAUUCAACAAAUAAAAGGAUAAAAAGUACAAGGUUUUUCUUGCUUCUUUAAUCUGUUAAUAUAAUAUACUUAAAGGCUAAGAGUAAUUCUUAACAAUUAAGUACUGGUCAAAAUACUUACAAUAUUAUUACUAAGACACUUUCAAAUGUAAGAAAAUAUAUAAUACAAGUAUAUUAACAUCUGUUUUAAACAUCUGUUAACACUGGUUACAGUUUUUGACAUAUAUCUCCUUCUCUUGGACUAUCUUUUUUUCUCUAUUAGAGAAGAGAGAGAGAUAACAUUAUAUGUUUCGCAAAACAUAGUUUAAAGUGCACUUUCAUUUUGCAAGAUUGAGAAUUUAACGCUUUAUACAUAAAAACUUUAUAUAUAUAAAUUCUCACACACAGAGCACCAUUAAUGUCAGAGAAAUCCAUCUAACACAAUUUGCAUUAAUUAUUUAUAAUACCAGCUCUAUAAUACAUACAUACAUUUAUAUAUAAUUGCAUAUAAAACCAUAAGAUAAAGCUAUUAUUGGGAGAAACCAUGAUGGAAGCAUUAUAUGAAAACAGGUGUUCUCUUCAAACCUACACAGUGUUGCCUAAUUGACAUUGCUGAUAUAUAGGUAACCAGAUACUUGGUUUGAGCCAACAUUUAAAAAAAAGCUGCAUUUGGACAGAUGAGACAGAUCUGACAUUUACAUAUCUUCUCUCUAAUGUAUAAAUUACAAAAAUAUUUCUAAGGCACAUAAGAUAACAAUUACCCUAGCAUAAUUGUAACAUAAUGUAGUUGACAUGAGUACUAUGGAUAUUCAUAUACGUAUAAAUAUGGAUAGAGCACGCAAAUGAUUAGACAUUGGAUAAAAUAGAUUAGACGUUGAAAAAAUAAUAUGUAUACAAAAUAUAACUGAGAUGUGUGUGUGCUAUACGCAGCUCUAUACAGAAAAUAUAUUUUAGAAUACAAAUAAAAAUAGAAAAAUCUAUAAUACCCAUGCAACACUUUUUAAUCAACAAAUUCGAUAGUAUUGUCAGUCAGGACUCUGAUCAUUACUUUUUAUUAUUAAUUGUCAUGCUCUCGCAAAAUAUCGUAUAUAUUCUUUAUACAUCACGUGAUCUAAUGGAACUGUCGAGUCCCAAGAAACCCGUAAACAUUCAAAGUCUUUGCAAAUGGUGGAUACACGAAUAAAUAGGCAGUGUAGAAUGUCCUGUGCUACAUAUUACUGCGUAUUAAAACAUUAUUCGAAGAUGGAAUAUAAUAUAUAUUCGCGCGUAUACAUAUUUUGCACUGGCAAUUUAUAAGACGUGUGUGUGCAAAUUAAAAUACGCGCUAUACACAGCUGCGCGAAUCAUUUUCAAUCAAUGCGCUUGCGCAGCCACGCGCAUGUGCAGUUCAACGGUUUAGCUGGCGAUGACAUUGCUCGUAAUUUUCUAGCUAUCUACUUAAUAUUUUAAUUAUCGAGAGCGAGGGGAGCGCAAGUUUCUAAAUCGUCGCAUUAAUAACGAUUCCGACCGCGUCAUUAGCACGGCAGAUACAUUUUUCGGAGCAGCACUCGUGUAUCUUCGCUAAAAAAAAAAAAA